UUUUUAUUCUCCUCUGACUAGGACAGACAAGUAUUAUAUGUUUUGUUUUGAUACGUAAUUCGAGAAUGACGGACAGAGUGCCGCUGAAAGAUGAUUCCGACGAACCUCCUGGAGAACGCGCCGAUGACUCUGGACAUCAGGAUCGAGGAGAUGAGAAGCGAGGAGCCAAGAAAACCAGAGACAAGUCAUCAAAGGGAUCCAAGGAGGACAAUCCAUUGUCGUUUCGUCAGUUCCUUGCCACUGGAGACAACCGGAGCACUGGCGCCCGUCCGAAAUCCAGACCAAUGGCGGCACCGCAGCAGCAACAAAUGCCGCCGUCGUAUCCCGCGCAGAACGGCGACUCUGGACAUUUUGUGGAUUCGGGACUGCCGGACUUUUUGCGAGACUAUAUGUCACCGCCGGGGUUUGAGGAAACAGCUCCGCAGUACGUGCAUCCCGUGGAUCUGACCUCGGACAGUAGGGACGCCGCUGCGACGGCGGCGGAUCAUCACCACCACCACCACAAGCGGGAAGAGUCGGUUCGCGACGAGGACGGUGGUCAGAAUUUUGCGUCUUUGUCGCUGCCGGACUUUCUUUCCGACGGCGUCUUGGCGAGUGCGGAAGCCGGUGCUGGUUCGGCAGCAGUUGCAGAACCAAGGAGAAACGAAGCCGAGGUGCAAAUGCUGGAGGUGCAGAGUUCAGAGGCAUUGCGUUCCGAACUCCUACACUGUAGAUCAUUGCUUGAUAGGGAGAGAGAAAGAACACGGAUGUUGGAGCAGAAACUGGAGCGAUUACGAACCGGAGAAUACGAGGAGUCGCUUCGACGGGCGGAAAUCAAACUAUCUGAGACCAAUUCGCGUGCUGAAAGGGCUGAAAAAGCUUUGGCGGAUUCCGAACUUGCCCGAAGGAAGCUCGAGAAAAAGUUGGCAGCGGCUAACGAAGGAGGCGUGGGCAGCAGCAGCAACAGCAGCGGCGUUGGAAGCAGUUGCGAUUAUCCCCAGAACUUGGUGUUGAUGCGAGUGCGGAGAGCAGCUGCGCAGCUGUCCCUGGCGUCUGAAAUUGCAGAGACGUCCUUGGGUCAGCUGUUGUCUGGCGUCGAGUCCCUCAAGACCGUGGCGGACGAGCUGCGAGCGUUGAAUCCCGACUCGGACGAGUCCAGCCUCGGCGCGUGCGGGGAGAAAAAAUCGUGAUCAUCCCGCUGAAGGCUUCUUACAUGACUUGUGAAGAAGAGCGCUGAUUGAAGAGUGUGUGUGUCCCUGUUUUAUGAAGAAUCUUCCCACGGACUUGGCCAGAGUUCGGUUCAAUCCAUCCCCGAGUCCAAACUUCAGUACAGUAUAAAAUAACUUAAUCUUCUUUUCUUUGUUUGUUGCGCGAAAUGAACUUCAUUUAUUCUGUAUCUUCUACCGAAAUCAAAAUAAAUUGUUGAGCAGCCGUGAGUCUCCUCAACUUGAAAUGAAAAGAACCUGGGGUGCACCAAAAAAUAUCUCCGAAAUGGGUGCGUCAUCUUUUGAAUGAAGAAUGGAAAGCUGCCAGGGUGAUUUUUUCAAAACAUAAGUAAAUGCCAAAAUUUUCUGGUGCUGAAGAAAGUGGACCUAGUAGAAUGUGAUUUUCUAGAUAUAUUUCAAAGAAAACUCGUCGAACAGCCUGGGAAGGGAGAGCUCUCCAAGGUCCUUAUUAAAAAUUAAGUUUUAUUACGAAAAUUGUCCAAACGCAAUUGACAGAUACGUUUCCAUCAACUGAGCAAAUUUUUUCUUGAACGCACCAAACCGCAAAAAGCAACUGAAUUUUGACUAGGAUAAAACGGGUCUUUUAAUGAACGUCUUCUAAUGACCUUGAGUUUUGUGACAGGGUAAAUAUUCAAAUUUUGAGCCCUGGGAUUGGCCUAGAAAUGCAAAUAGAAAACGAUGUGAUGCCAGGGAAGCGUACAUUUUGAGAAAGGGAAAAAUUGUUCAAAAUUUUCCGGUUUUAUCUAUUCCAGACAUUUUUGUUGUUAAUCAAAUUCAACGUUCCCGCUCUUAUCCUCUGAAAAUCUUCAAAACGUCCACUUCAUGGGGAAAAAAUAAUUGCUGAGGAUCCGCAAAAAUUAAGGCAAUAUGCUGUUCACUUCUUUUAAACCGACUAGAUAUCUUGAUUAGCGUCUUUUAAUUUAUGAGUCGCUCUAAACUUGAUUUUAUUUCGAGUUUCUCUUAUUUUGCUUAGAUGAAGGGAUGAAAAAUAUUUGUUGGCAUCGAUGAGAUUUAAAUGCUAUUUCUGACGAAAAGCUGUCUUUUUUCACUUUCGGGGUGGAAACUCGUCUUGUCAGAAAAAAAAAUGAUUAGGCGACACGGAAAUCAGCAGUGUGACGCAGGGUUGCCAUCAUGUGUGAUUGGCGUGUAACGGCUUUUUUAUUUUUUAGAUUUGUACAGUAUCAGAAUUUUCGGAUGGAUGGAUAGAAUUCUGGCUAAGUUUCUGAUGAAAUUUUUACCUAUCUCUGGGAAGGUGUCUUUUUUUAAUGCGAACACACACACUCUUCAUUUGGCGCUGCUUUACAAGUUUUCGUUUUUUUUUCCUGUUGGAAUCUUAUGUGCUUGAGCACGUAGCAUGAGGUUUGUGAUACCGCCGUCCUUUUUCGUGGGAGUCUUCUCGCUUUGUCUCCGUCUUCCCUGGGCGGCUUUUUUUGGGUCUGGCUUCUCGGCAACCUUUUUAGUUCGUCCCACGUGGCUCUUUAAUUUUGUUUUCUCGCUUUGCCGUGGAGUCUCGUUUUUUGGUUGGCUGGUUACCUGUGUAAGUUAUGUUUUUGUAUCCAGACACGACGAUGUUCGUAAAGCAGGGAUAUUAUAUUUGAUGCAAUGAGGCUUUUUUUCUCAAUAAUUUCGCUGUGCGUGAUUUUUUUGUGAUUGUGGACGUUUUACGUUUUCUUCGUGCAUUCGCAGGAAAGUGUUGGUGAUAUCCACG